GUGGGCGGGGACACCCAGCGGAAAGGGCCGCCGCCGCCAUCUUGGAUCGCGGGUGUCUGUGAGGGAAGAGGAGGGGCGGCGGCGACGAAAGAGGGAAGAAGAAGGAGGAGGAGAAGCUGGAGAGGAGGAGACCCGCCGCCGCUGCCGCCCGUCGCUCCCUGCGCCCUCCGCGGCUCCCGCCCGGGAACGAUACACUGCUGUGGCCGCCGCCGCCGCCGCCGCUUCCUCAGCCAAGCUGCCCAGUCACCAGCCCCUCGAGCCCAGUGCCACAAUGGCAACUGCACCUUACAACUAUUCCUACAUCUUUAAAUACAUCAUUAUUGGUGAUAUGGGUGUAGGAAAAUCGUGCUUGCUCCAUCAGUUUACAGAAAAGAAGUUUAUGGCAGAUUGUCCCCAUACAAUUGGAGUCGAGUUUGGUACCAGGAUAAUUGAAGUUAGCGGCCAAAAAAUUAAGCUGCAGAUCUGGGACACGGCGGGACAAGAGAGGUUUAGAGCGGUCACACGGAGCUACUACAGAGGAGCAGCAGGAGCCCUUAUGGUUUAUGAUAUCACUAGAAGAAGUACAUAUAACCAUUUAAGCAGCUGGCUGACAGACGCAAGGAAUCUAACUAACCCCAAUACUGUGAUCAUCCUUAUAGGAAAUAAAGCAGACCUGGAAGCCCAGAGAGACGUGACAUACGAGGAAGCCAAACAGUUUGCUGAAGAGAACGGCUUGCUGUUUCUUGAAGCGAGCGCAAAAACAGGUGAGAACGUGGAAGACGCGUUCCUAGAGGCCGCCAAGAAAAUCUACCAGAAUAUCCAAGACGGGAGCCUGGAUCUGAACGCGGCAGAGUCAGGGGUACAGCACAAGCCUUCAGCUCCACAGGGCGGCCGGCUAACCAACGAACCCCAGCCCCAAAGAGAAGGCUGUGGCUGCUAGUGACCUCGGUUCCUUGGCUCUGUGACCUUUCACCUCUGUUAAAGAGCAGUGCUUUUUGGGGCUGCUUCCGUUUUUCCUCUGCACAUCUUACCAGGUUUAAUUAAAACUCCUGAGGCAAGAGUUUAACACAGUACUAAACUGCUAAAGAAUAAAAUAAGAGAAAACUUAGAUGUAAUCAGGUUAUCAAAGGCAAGUAGAGUCAUUCCCUCUCCCUGCAUGGUAAAAUCUAGACGUCUUUAUUCCCCCUUUCUCCUCUCCCCUCCAAAUAAUUAAUUGUCCUUGUGAAUAGAUGUCACCGAUUCAUGAUUUACAGAACAGAGCUCUGAUGCUGGACCCCCCCCCCUCCCAUGACUUUCACUCUUUCUCCGCAGAGCUUUGUCUCUUGUAAAGUUUAACUUUGUUAGCUUCAGCUUUUUCUCCCCAGUCUGUAACUGGUCUGUCCUUUUUAGUAACAAAAAAAAAGAAAGGAAAAAAAAAAAAAGAUUUGCUAUAAAAACUUUCCAAGGGUAGAAUGGGGUCCUGCGUAGAUUGCUUUCAUUGGGAAAGUCGUGGUGGUGGUGGUGGCUGGGGCUUUUGGGGGAGGGGGGGGAAAGAAAGACACUUAUUGCUGUGGUGUACGCCCCCUCCCUCUCGGCCUGGGACAUGGCGUGGCUUUUAUCUUGUACCCGGUAUCUUUAUGCUGCUGCUCCCUAUUUUUACCCACACGGGCCCUUAUUAACCAAGCGUAAAUAUGUAUAAAUUUUGACGGAACCAAGCUAGACACUCAAAUACAUCCCGUGUAUAUGAUUUUAAUGAAGAGGGAAAAAAAAAACCUUAAUGACCGGCAUUAGAAACUUAAAAGUGAAAUAUCUGUACAGCUCCACUAAAGAUGGCCAGGUCGCCCCGCUUAGUGACUGCAGUCAUUGGCCACCCUGGUUCAACUCCAUAUGAUGUUUGGCGGUUGUCCAGAGGACCUUGAUGCAGCUCCCAGGGCAUUGCUAGCCCAGUGUAGGACCUCUGUGCCUGGUGAGCAGCCUACUAUUAUUUUUUUUUUGUUGCUGUUACUCCAGGUCUUGUGCACUUGAGGAUGUGCUAACUCGCUUUCCCUCUUCCCCCUCCCCCCCCCAAAAGUUCUGCAUUUAUUCCAGCUGUAUUGCACAUCUAUAUGCUUCUGGGAAAAGUCUGCUCUAAACUGGACGGUCGCAAAAAGCAUUACUCUAGAGGGACUUUGGAUUCUACUCUGGCAUUUGACACUACAGUUCCCCUGGCUUGGCUGCCGAUGCUCUCCCCAUGUUCCUCUCUGCCAUGAUUGCAAGCCUCUGUCCCUGGAAGAGGGCUUAAGGGGAGGGGUGGCCUGCAGGAUGGAGCCACCCACAGACCCCUCUCCACCCUUAAUUGUUCUCUCAGUGGCAAUCUGGUCGAGAGGCGGUUAAGGCCGGCUAGGGAAAGGAUGAGCACGUUUGGUUCCGUUGCCCGCAGUGUCUCAGCGACCCCCUCGAUUGACACUAAAACCAGGCCACGUUCCAGUGUGCAAAAGUGAAAGGGGAUAACCAGCAUAACGUACAGUCAACAUGUGAACCAAAAGCCAAAACUGGGAAGUGCAAACGAUUUGCAUUUGGGUAGCUUGUGUGCUCUCCCCUCGCUUACGUUGCCCUUUACGUUUGGCUCUCGUUUUUCCUCCUUCUUGAAAUCUCAGAUUCUUAAAAGUAGAUGGGUAUUACAGAAUUCUGCUCUUUGAAUUGCACCGUGGGUGGGGGGGGGGUUGAGGGUGGGGUGAGGGUUGCCCAGGGACCACGAUCUGUUGACACAACUUACGUUUUGGGCAAAGGCAAUUUGCUUCCUGCAGCUUGUUGGCGGUGCAAUAAUCCCUUUUCUUACCUCCUCUUCCCCCCCCAAUUCAAGUUACAGUAGGUCUUCAUUUCUGUGACAGGAUUUAUUUGGGCUGCUGUACUCAUUUAAUGUAACAAUGCUAUUCUCUAAAUAUUUGUAAAUAAAGUACCUGUAUCUAGAGACCAA